GCGCAUUAAUGGAUGUGGACUUUUCUUGCAGUGUGUGACGUGUGGGGGCCGAGCAGAGGGCUGCUCUGAUUUAAGUUGCAGUCAUCUGAAUGGAUGUUAUCACUCUCCGAGAGACUGCCGGUGUGAGGACCACGCUGCGCCUGGAAAAGUCGCUUUGGGAACUACAGGAACUUCAUUUAACGUGGAUUUACGCAGCGGAGACGCAUGGCACAGCCCGGCUGGCGCGACAGGAUGAUGCCUUUACCGACUUUGUUUGACUUUUGAGAGGGAAGGAAGCAAAGAGCGAGGAAGACGGAUACUUAUGGUUUGGUGUCAGGGUGCCACAGCCGGCCGUGUGUCUCCUCUCCAAACGGUGCGCCCUCCGUGGCCGUACUUUCCUCUGUGGGACUUCCAAGCGGCCGGGACGCGACAUGGGUUGCCGAAGCGCGCUGGGAUGCUGCCUGCUCGCGGCGCUGUCCUGCUGCCUCCUCCCCGACUGCGGAGGUAACAUAACGGUGGCGGUGAUGCUCCCGGACAACCACCACAAGUACCCGUGGGCUCUGCCGCGCGUCUUCCCGGCCAUCCUCAUGGCGCACGAGGACCUGCACGUAAAACACGGGCUGCUGCUCGAUCGUCACAUCAACAUCCUCAACUACAGCACCGAGGACCCGGCCGUAGGAUCGUGCGCCGAAAGCCGGGCGCAGGUGGUGGCCGUGGACGCCAAGCUUUACAUCCGCCCGGACGCCUUCUUCGGACCCGGGUGCGUGUACCCGCUUGCCUCCGUGGGGCGUUUCGCGUCCCACUGGAAACUCCCGCUGAUCACCGCCGGUGGACCCGCGUACGGCUUCGACAAGCGCGAAGAAUACCGGACCAUCGUGCGCAGCGGGCCGUCCACCACCAAGCUGGGGGACUUCGCCACCGUCCUGCACACGCACUUCAACUGGACGUCCCGGGCCGUGGUGAUCUUCCACGACCUGCGCCAAGACGACCGGCCGCACUACUUUCUGUCGGAGGGGAUCUACCUGAACCUCAAGGAGGACAUGAAUAUCACGGUGGAGGCCCAGCCGUACGAAGACGACUACAAGUACUACAAGGAUCUUAUUACUUUCAUGAAGGAGCGAGGGAGAAUUGUGUACAUCUGCGGCCCCGUGGAGACUUUCUUGAACAUCAUGAAGCUGUUUCAAAGCGAGAUCCAGGACCCAGAAAACUACGCUAUUUUCUAUCUGGACGUGUUUGCCGAGAGCUUGGCCGAUCGCAAACCUUGGCAGAACUCAGACUCGGACUGGGCCAAUCCCAUCCAGGUCUUUAAGUCUGUUUUCGUCAUAACGUACCGGCCUCCUGAUAAUCCAGAGUACAAAGACUUCCAGAGGAAACUCCAUGCCAAAGCUCAGAGGGAUUUCGGCGUGCAUUUGGAACCAUCACUGAUGGACUACAUCGCCGGCAGCUUCUAUGAUGGUUUCGUGCUGUACGCGAUGGCCUUGCAGGAGACGCUGGCGGAUGGUGGAGCCCAGAAUGAUGGCAUUAACAUCACGAUGAGGACGCAGAACCGCCGAUUCUGGGGAGUGACAGGACUUGUUACCACAGACCAGAAAAAUGCCAGGGAUAUAGACGUGAACCUGUGGGCGAUGACCAACCAGGAGACAGGAGAGUACGGGCUUGUCGCGUAUUACAAUGGAAGCAACAAAGAGAUAAUUUGGUCCCAGACAGAGAAGAUCCACUGGCCCAAUGGGGGCCCGCCACUGGAUAACCCCCCCUGUGUGUUUUCCACAGACGACCCCUCCUGCAAUGAUGGUCAUCUGCCAGUUCUUGGUAUUGUAGCAGUGGGAUCCGGCUUAGCGCUCAUCAUUUUUGGUAUCUCCAGUUUCCUCAUUUACAGGAAACUGAAGCUGGAGAAGGAGCUUGCUGGAAUGCUGUGGAGGAUUCGGUGGGAGGACCUCCAGUUCGAGAGCCCCAAUAAAUACCACAAACGGGCCGGCAGUCGGCUCACCCUCUCACAGAGAGGCUCCAGCUAUGGCUCCUUGAUAACUGCCCAUGGAAAAUAUCAGCUAUUUGCAAAAACCGGCUAUUUUAAGGGGAACCUGGUGGCCAUUAAGCAUGUCAACAAGAAGAGGAUAGAGCUGACCAGACAGGUUUUACUGGAACUCAAACAUAUGAGAGACGUUCAGUUCAACCAUCUAACCAGGUUCAUCGGAGCCUGCAUUGACCCUCCCAACAUCUGCAUCGUAACAGAGUACUGUCCCAGAGGCAGCCUGCAGGACAUUUUGGAGAAUGAGAGCAUCAACCUGGACUGGAUGUUCCGCUACUCGCUGAUCAAUGACAUAGUGAAGGGAAUGAACUAUCUCCACAACAGCUACAUUGGCUGCCAUGGAAAUCUGAAGUCAUCUAAUUGCGUGGUGGACAGUCGAUUUGUUUUGAAAAUCACGGAUUAUGGCUUGGCCAGCUUCCGCUCGUCCUGCGAAAACGAUGACUCGCACGCACUCUAUGCAAAGAAACUCUGGACGGCUCCUGAGCUGCUCAUAUACGACCGCCAUCCUCCUCAAGGGACUCAGAAGGGUGAUGUGUACAGUUUUGGCAUCAUACUACAGGAAAUAGCCUUGAGGAAUGGACCUUUCUAUGUGGAAGGCAUGGACCUCAGCCCCAAAGAGAUCGUACAGAAGGUGAGGAAUGGUCAGAAGCCGUACUUUCGGCCAACCACAGACAGCAGAUGCCACUCGGAGGAGCUGACCAUCCUGAUGGAGGGCUGCUGGGCCGAGGACCCCGCAGAGAGGCCCGACUUCGGCCACAUCAAGAUCUACGUUGCCAAACUCAACAAGGAGGGCAGCACCAGUAUUCUUAACAACCUGCUGUCCAGGAUGGAGCAAUACGCCAAUAACCUUGAGAACCUGGUGGAGGAGCGUACACAAGCCUACCUUGAGGAGAAAAGGAAAGCCGAAAACCUCCUCUAUCAAAUUUUACCGCAUUCAGUAGCAGAGCAGCUGAAACGAGGGGAGACGGUGCAAGCAGAGGCGUUCGACAGCGUCACCAUUUACUUCAGUGACAUCGUGGGCUUCACGUCCAUGUCUGCAGAGAGUACACCACUACAGGUCGUCACAUUGCUCAAUGAUCUGUACACCUGUUUUGAUGCCAUCAUCGAUAACUUUGAUGUAUACAAGGUGGAGACCAUCGGAGACGCCUACAUGGUGGUGUCGGGGCUUCCGGUGCGGAACGGAAAACUGCACGCCAGAGAGAUCGCUGGGAUGUCGCUGGCGUUGUUAGAGCAGGUCAAAACGUUCAAGAUCCGACACAGACCCAACGACCAGCUGAGACUCAGGAUAGGUAUACACACAGGUCCAGUCUGUGCCGGCGUGGUCGGUUUGAAAAUGCCCAGAUACUGUUUGUUUGGAGAUACUGUCAACACGGCAUCUCGAAUGGAGUCCAACGGAGAGGCCUUAAAGAUCCACGUAUCCUCGGCCACCAAAGAAGUGCUGGAUGAGUUUGGCUACUUUGAUCUCCAGUUACGAGGAGACGUAGAAAUGAAGGGCAAAGGCAAAAUGAGAACGUAUUGGCUUCUCGGGGAGAAGACUGAUGUGUAUGUUAUCUGAGAGGCCUGCUGAUAAUGUGGCAGCAGCGGUGGAGACGACAGCAGAAGCUCCGGUGGCCGAGCCACUACUUUAUUUGUUCUAGAAUAAGUCCUUAUUCGUGAUUUCCGUGCAGAGGAAAAGAGAACGACACCAUGUGACAAAAACAGAGGAAAUUCCAGGUAUAUUUAUUACCUGCAUACUGUAACUGCAAAAAAACAGAAAAGGACAAAAAAAAUAGAAAAAAUAUUGUAAAAGUUGUUUUUGUAUGAAGAACCUUUCUGUCCUGAGAGUGAGUACUUUUCACUGAUAAAUUCUUAUUUUUUGUGCUUUCUAUAUUAAGAUUUGUAUAAUGUGUUUGGAAGUCAAUAAUGUAUUAAUAUUUCCUUGGAAAAUCUGUUGAAGUUUGGAGGCACAGCGUUACAAUUGAUGUCACUGCAGGGGUUCAUCAACCGUGUUACACAGUACAAGAUAAUAUGUAUAUAUGUAUAUCCAAGAUACUGUAAGAUAUUUUGUUCAAUAAACUGAGUAAAACGCUCUUUUUCCAUUUA